UCGGUCCUCCUCUCAUUCUCUAUACGAGUCGUCGUCUAUGUAUAAAGUCGGAAGAAGCCUAAACUCCGAAUCCGUGUUACCCGAGCCCGUCGAACCGAUAGUAGCACGCGUGGAAAACCGAUCGUCGUACCGUGGUCUUAUCAGUCGCCGGCUAGCGAUCGCUCGCGAGUCCACCGGAAGCCCGCAGGGGAAGAGAUCGUUAGAGGAUCGUACUGCGUCGAUCGAUAUCCCGAAGGUGGUUCACCUGGAAACCGGCGACGAUCCCUAAAUAUCGUCAGAGGACACCGAGAGAACCGGCGGUCCGUGUCGUUGGAUCGAAGGGUGACGGGGCGAACGAGGAAGAGGAAACAGGAGGAUCUCUAGAGGGAGAGAAACGGUCCUUUUAGACCUUCUGGGACAACGACGAAGAAAGUUGCCGGAAAGACCGAAAUAUUGACAGAAUGAGAUCGGUAUUGUUGAAGUUGGUGGUGACGGUAGUGGGAGUCGUGUGUCUGGCAACCCUCUCGCUCAGCGCAGCGGUGCGAUCGGAGGAAUUCGCGGAGCAGCUGCGACGCAUUGUUCACGACAUGAAUCCUGACGGUCUGAGGUCUCAGAGAGCCACCGAGAGCCAAAUCGACGACAAACCUCAACGGAAAUGUUACGACACCCCGUGCGGAUGGAACCCCUUCCAUACCGAUACUCGGCGAGCCACGGUUUUCAUGGCCAACACGUGCAGAUGUCCGGACGAGACUUACAAAUGCGUGCGUACCGGCGAGAACGUCUCAAUGAGGGCGUACGUUUACCACUGCCGUCAAAACACGACGGCGGAUGACAUCGAGGGCGGGUCGUUGUACGACAUGGACUCUGCGGAUUAUGUUAGUUAAAAUUUGCGCGCCAUCGAACGCUUGAGAACGAGCAUGCGCAUUUACCUGAUCCACGCGGCAUGUUCAUCCAGCCCCCAGUCGUUCUGUUCUCGUCGACGAAAACAGUGCCGACUGAUUCUCAUUUUCCACCCAGGACUUUACACAUGAACAGCUUCCGCUUCCGUUUUAUCCAAGUCGCAGUUACGUUUCCGGGAAAAGACAACGGUUCCGCAAGCUUCAUCAGCUUUUUCGCAAUCACAGCCAGCGAUUCGGGGCAAACGAUACGUGAACUCGGCGUGUACGCGCGUCGUCCUGCGAACAAGUACACGUCGAAAUAAAACAAGUACACCCGGGUCGCGUUUUCACUUUAUAUUAUACUUUACAUCUACACAGUAUUUGCACGGGACGAUCUUCGCAGUCGUUCGAAUUUGCCGCGCGCGUGCGCGCGGCCAUUGCUUCGGAUUCGAUCGCGACCGUUUUCGAUCGACAGGAUUUUCACGUCGACUGAAAUUAUUUAUCGAAUUCUCUGUUCACGGCGGUUCGAUCGACAGUUCAAUUGAUCUUCGUACGAUUCUCGGAAAUAGCCGGACUAAAGAUUAGUAGUUGAUGUUCGUCUACUUUCGUUUUACACAAUUUAGUUUUCAUAGUCUGAUACCUUACAUAGACGAAAUUGCAGCACACAGAGAAACAACGAAUUUUGGAGCGUUGUGAAUAUUGAUAGAAUUGAUAAUCGUGAGGGGAAAAAAUAAAACGAUGAAAAAUCGAAAGAGGCUGACGGGUUUAGGUACCGACGCCUCGAGCCACGAAUGCGAGACUUUCGAGAUGGAUUAUUAUCACAGAAGAUGAUAGUUUUUUAUAUAUGUUGGUAUAAUUCCGUCCCUAGUGUUACUAUUGAUAGUUUUAACGCAGUUCUAACGAGGAAAAUUUUGAACAAUUGGUGGUAUUUACCUUGAUUAUGUGCGAAGCGAUUUCGAACGAUGUCGCUUGGUCAAACUGAGACGCGCGCAAGUUAUGGCUGCCUUUCCGUUGGAACUUCGUGCGGCUUUGCGAGACGAAGCGACACCGUCGGAAGCGAUCGGAACUAUUUUUUUGCCUUCGCCUCUGAUUGGCUGACAGUUUCGCUGCCAUUUCGCGAUCACGUCGCGAGAUGGCAGAGAUGAAAAUGCGACGGUACGGAGGAAAACUGUAUUCUAUAUUUGGAAUUAUGCAUAACGGAAAAUCUAUUCUAUGUAUUGAUUACGUUUGAAAAUGUAAUCACGUAGCGACUGACAUACCAAUUUUUUUUUUUUUAGGAAUAUUUAUAAUAAACGCCGAGAUUCGUCUCUUGAAAUAUUAUCUUUUCGCAUCUAAAUUAGUUUAUUGAGAACUAUCGUUAACCUCUUUCAACGGUCAUUUCGAACCAUUUUCAAAGCCAUUAAACUCGCUUGCUAAGCAAUUUGAAAAUACGUAGCGGCGAAUCUGAAAGAAUUCAAAUUUCUAUCGAAAUAAGAAUUUUAACUUUGCACACGCAUAAGUGUAUCGCUAAGAUUAUGGCUUCUAAAUGUAAUUACUAGACGAUAAAAAUGCAAAGACUUUCCUUAUUUUGUUAUUAACUCGAUGAACUCACAAUACGUGCAAUACAACGUUACUUAACUCUGCUUAUUGAAGAUUAAUAAUAUAUGGAAAUACGGAUUGUUCUAAACAUCCGCCAGUCUCUAGUAAUUAUAAUUCGAAUUAUCACCUGAUCUAUCUUCUUGUUAAGACACGGAACAUCGCAUAAAUUUAAGAAAUUCAUGGCCACUGCAAAGACGUAAUCUUAUUCGUGAAUGAGAAUAGAUUGUGUUUCUUAAUUAAUUACCAUGAAUUAAUCAUUCGCAUAUAAAGAUUGCCUCGUUCGAUUCUUCAAUACGACCAUCGAAAAUCUGUUUCUGUAAUCGUUUAACAAAUGAACAACACCAACGCAACUGUAUCGAAUUAUUUUUAAACUCGUAAUCGCACGAUUUGAAAAUAACGAUUCUUUUUAUCGACGUUCAUCGGAGAAUGACAAGUUAAUUAUUAUGUUAAGUUAAUUUAUACCUUAGAGCUACUCAAGGUGGUGUAAAGCUAGCAACAUUAGUUACAGUAUUUCGAUAAGGCACAAUUCUAGAUUUUGUACUUAACGGAGGAAAAUUCUGUCGAACCAUUUUGUACAACAUAAUGGACUAGUAACGUAACUAUAAUUAAAUAUUUGCUCGUUACGCGAAGCCAUACUCGAAUUGCUAUACAAAGACCAAGGAGGUCCAUGCUCAAAUUGAAACGAACCUAUUUCACGUUUCAUAGAUACGUUACACCGUCUUGCAAUUGCUUUUAAGUAAUUUCGACACUAUUUUGUAAGGGUACAUCUCUAGAAACGAUAAAAUAGAGAAGUAAUUAAUAUUGAAAAGAUUUUCUACACGUUUCCAAUUAGCAAUGUUUAGAUUCGAUAACGAUACUUAACUACAACGAAUGGAAUUAAUCGAUUACAUGUGAAAUUAAUAGGUUGCAGAUGUUCACGUAUAGAUAUUUUUAUCGAAUUUGUGAAAACUAAAGACGAACACCUAUUUAUUUGAUUCAGAAUACAUUGUAUCGGAUUUUCAAUUUUCAAACAUUUCUUUUUACAUGAACACAAAGUCUGCAAACUAGUAAUUCGAAUAAAAAAUAAUAUAACGUGUAGGAAAAAGUACAGGCAAUGUAUUCGUAUGCAGUAUUUCACAAUGUAGAGUGGUUACGGUUUAGUUCGGAGGAGCAAGUGCUCCUUUUGAAAAAUGCGUCCUUUGUGAAGAAAGCAGCCAUGGAGACCAACAUGGCGGUCGUGGAGGGCAGAAGAUGAUGUUCUUCUUGGUCUUCUAGUUUAAAAUGAUCGAAGUGCUUCAAUUACCACAAAAUGCAAAUUUUAAAUGAAGUCUUCAGGGCUGGUUGCUUGUUUGAGUAGCGAUUUUCUCCUAGAACAUAAAAUUGUAUUCAAUUAGUAUAAGGUCUCCAUUGCUGAGCAAAAAUUGUUAUUAAUUUUAAUUCUUUAAUGGUACAUUACAAAACUUUAUCAAAAUACUUUUAAGAAUACAGUUUAGAGAUACAAAAUUUAAUUUUAUGACGAAAAAUUUGUGUGGAGGUCAUUAUACCAAUAUAGGAUGUAAAAGAGAAGAAACUUGUACGCACCGUCAAAAGCUCUCGCUGCUCUACAGGACAUGCUUUCUUCACGCAGUUCCGCUUACAUAUACAUUUAUACUAUUUACAAUAACAUUGUUUACAAUGUUAUGCUACAACUUAAUAUUUAAUACACGGGAAGGGUAAAUUAUCUAUAGUUGUACAAUGAUUAUCAAUGUUAUCAUUUUUAAUAAAAUUAAGUAAUGUUGUAGGAAAA